UAGCCAAGAGCUAUAGCAUUCAUAAUGAAAUAUACUAAAUGCAAUUUUAUGAUGUCAGUUCUUGGCAUUAUAAUCUAUGUAGCUGAUUUAAUUGUGGACAUCUGGGUAUCUGUCAGGUUUUUCCACGAAGGACAGUAUAUUUUUGGUAUCUUAACAUUAAGCUUUAUGCUUUUUGGAACACUUGUGGUCCAGUGUUUUAGUUAUUCUUGGUUCAAGGCCGAUUUAAACAAAGCAGGCCAAGAAAUUCAGCAUUGCUUUCUUCUACUUCAUUGCUUACAAGGAGGAGUUUUUACAAGGUAUUGGUUUGCCUUAAAAAAGGGUUACCACGUGGCUUUCAAAUGUAGUAGCAAAACGAAUAGCUUCACCGAAGAGCAAAUUGAUCAACAUAAAGAAGUUAUAGAUAGAGUGACUGAUUUGAGCAUGCUCAGGCUAUUUGAGACCUACCUGGAAGGCUGCCCACAACUUCUUCUUCAGCUCUAUAUCUUUCUGGAACAUGGACAAGCAAAUUUUAGUCAGUAUGCAGCUAUCAUGCUUUCUUGCUGUGCCAUUUCUUGGUCAACUGUUGAUUUUCAAAUAGCUUUAAGAAAAUCCUUGCCUGAUAAAAAUCUCCUUAAUGGAUUCUGUCCCAAAGCCACCUAUCUCUUUUACAAGUUGUUUACAUUAUUGUCUUGGAUGCUUAGUGUUGUACUUCUAUUGUUUGUAAAUGUUAAGGUUGGAUUAUUUAUGUUGUUAUUACUUUGGAUUGUAGGUUUACUCUGGGCAUUUAAAGAACAAACUCAGUUUUGUAAUUCCAAAAGUAUGGAAUUCUUAUAUAGAAUUGUUGUUGGAUUUAUUCUUGUCUUUACAUUUUUUAAUAUUAAGGGACAUAAUACUAAAUGUCCAAUGUCUUUUUAUUAUGUUGUAAGAGUGCUGACCACACUGGGUAUAUUGAUUGGGUUCUGGGUUUAUCCACUUUCUAUUUUUAAUUCAGAUUACUUUGUACCUAUCAGUAUCACUUUAGUUCUUUCUCUUCUCCUUGGGAUUAUUUUUCUUAUUGUUUAUUAUGGGGCUUUUCACCCAAAUAGAAGUGAAGAAACAAAAUAUGAUGAAACUGAUGGAAGAUAUGUUCAAAGAGAUUGUAGAAUGAAGUAUUUCCUAAAGGAAUAGCUAUUAAUUUAUAAGAUAUGUUUUAUUGUUACUUGUUUCAUUGGUUAGUAAAGAAAAAUAUGUGUUAUGUGUGUAUUGUCUCUUUAUUUUUGCUACCUUUAAUUUGAGAAUGGUUCUGGUACAUUAAUUUUGAAUAUGAGAGAACAUAAUGAUAUUUUAUUAUUUAAAUUAUUAUUAUUUGUGUUUUUUUGUGAUUCUGGGAAUUGCAUCCUGGGCCUUGUGCACGCUGGACAAAGUAUUAUACCACUGAGCUCCAGCUUCUGCCCUCUUAUUUGGUUCUGAAAGUCUUGAGUACAAAGAUAUUUUCUUACUGUAUCUGGUAAAGCUACCGUCUUGAGCCCGAAAUGGAAGAAAUAAUCUGGUUCCCAUAAAGGCUGGCCUUGAGCUAUUCUCCAGGUUUUCUCUGAUUGUUCCUAAAACUGCUCUACCUGUUGUGGAGAACUACAAAGGGAACAAAAGAGCAGAACACCUUAUUUUUCUUUUCUUUACUGUCUUGAUUCAUUGCAUGUACUUUGAGUUGGGGACAGAUUAAGUAGAAGAAAAGGGAAUAGAGGGAAGGUGAAGAAAUUAAAUUCUUUUUUAUUUUUUAC